UAUCUAAAUCUUGCGCCAAUACCAUCAUCUGAUCAAUCUCAUAUAUAAAUACUGCUCCUCUUAUAGCACUGCACAGUUCUUUCAAGUUAACAGCGAUGGCAGCCGUGGUACUCGUCACCGGAGGCACUGGACUCGUCGGCAAAGCCAUCGAGUAUGUUAUCGAGCACGAACCAGAGGGCUCACGCUUCGGAAAGCGCCCGGGGGAGAAAUGGAUCUUUGCUGGCUCUCGCGAGGCCGAUCUAAGAAACCCAGAGGAAACUCUAAAGUUGUUUGAGAAGUACCAACCCACUCAUGUCAUCCAUCUGGCUGCACUUGUGGGUGGUCUCUUCGCGAAUAGAGAGCGGAAGAUGACUUUCCUCCGUGACAAUAUGCUGAUCAAUGAUAAUGUCCUCCAUACUGCUCACAUCAAAGGGACAGAGAAAGUCAUAUCUUGUCUUUCGACGUGUGUCUUCCCGGACAAAGUCGAAUACCCACUCACAGAGGAGAAGGUUCACCUCGGACCACCACACUCGAGUAACUUCGGAUAUGCGCAUGCGAAGAGAAUGGUAGAUGUCCAGAACCAUGCUUACAAGGAGGAAUUCGGCUGCAACUUCACGUCUGCUAUCCCGACUAACGUGUUUGGACCUCAUGAUAACUUUGAUCUGAAGCAUGCGCAUGUGAUGCCCGCACUGAUCCAUAAAUGUUACCUGGCACAAAAGAACAACACAUCAUUCAAAGUUAUGGGUGACGGCUCGCCCCUCCGUCAAUUCAUCUACUCCCGUGACCUAGCCAAGCUAUUCAUCUGGCAAAUGCGCGAGUACGAAUCCGUCGAACCUGUCAUUCUUUCAGUGGACGAGAAUGACGAAAUCAGCAUUCGCGAUCUUGCAAACUCCAUCGUCAAAGUUAUGAAUCACCCUGACAAGCCCGAGUUCGAGAACGAACUUAAUGACAACGGCCAAGACCGCAAACCCGCAUCGAAUGCAAAGCUCAUGAGCCUGAUUGGCUCUGACUUCAAGUUCACGCCGUUUGAACAAGCUCUUGAGGAGACAGUGACAUGGUUCCUACAGAACUACGGCAACGCGAGGACUGGGCAAUCUCACGCUUAGACAGGUUGGGGGGAAAUGGACAAUCGUAGAAUUCAGUUGCGUUUCAUUGUUUGCCUGCUUUCCAAUUUUUUUUGCCUGUAUAUGGACAAGCACUUACCACUGCUGACCGAGAAGGAGUGACAGUUGUACCUCAAAUAUAUAUAAGUUGGACUAUACAUGAUGUUGAUCAAUAGUCGAAGAAUCUCUCGUGAUGCUGCGCCCCAGCAUCCUCAAUUGACUUGAUCCCCUCAGUCGUCAACUCCGGAACAUUGGCUGUAUAAAGAUACCCUCUCAUCCUAUCCGCCUUGCUCAAAGU